CUCUGAGUUGAGAACUGGACUUUUUGCAAAACAAUGGUUCGCUUAACAUUGGAUCUCAUAGCUAAAAGCCUCAGUCAAAAGAAUCGCAGAGAUGAGUCCUUGGCCCAGCACCUGAGGAAAAUAACUCAUCUCAAGCUAUCUAAUAAAAAUAUAGAUAUCCUUGAUGACCUGUCUUUGUGUAAAAACCUUACUGUCCUUUAUUUGUAUGAUAACCAAGUACGACAGAUACAUAAUUUGGACUUUGCUACAAACCUAAGACACCUGUACCUGCAAAACAAUUGCAUUACACGAAUCGAAAAUCUAACAUCAUUAGUAAAACUUGAAAAACUGUAUCUGGGUGGCAAUUACAUCACUGUAGUGGAAGGCUUAGAAAAUUUAGAAGAACUGAGAGAGUUACAUGUUGAAAGCCAGCAGCUUCCCCUAGGAGAAAAGCUCUUGUUUGACCCAAGAAGUCUUCGUUCACUAGCAAAGUCUUUAUCAGUUUUGAAUAUCAGCAAUAAUAACAUUGAUGAACUAAGUGAAUUAGCAGUUUUGGAUAACCUCUCCCAUCUCAUCGCUGUGGACAACCAACUUUACCGUGUGAAGGACAUGGAGUUUGUUCUGAGUGUGUGGACCAAGCUAAGCAAAAUAGAGUUGAAUGGAAAUCCUGUUUGCCACAAACCAAAAUACCGGGACAAGCUUAUACUACAGUCAAAAAGUCUUGAAUCCCUUGAUGGCAAAGAAAUAAAGGAAAUGGAAAGACAAUUCCUAAUGAACUGGAAAGCCUCCAGAGAUGCCAGAAAGAAAAACAGAGCGGAAAGUACAACAAGUGAGCAUGCACCACAUUCAGACAGUAAUGACCCAGAUCAUCCCCAUUUCCCUAUUUACUACUUCCCAUUGUCCAAAGAAAAACCAAAAUUUGCUAUUUUGACUGAGUCACAUAGAUCUCCUCACAAAAGAAACUCUCAGUCAGCAGCCCAGGAAGAAAAUAAAGUUACUGAAAAAAUCAGCCAUUUAGCCUUGAACAUUCCUCAGCAGUCACAUAAAGAAUUGCAUGAACCUCAUCUCCUUAGCUAAAUGCCUCUGUAAACAGUCACUGGAAGGAC